CUGUUCACGUGACUGUCCCGAGGUGUUGCUGUGGGCUGGGCUGUCCCGCGCCGGGCGAGGCCGCAGUAGGCGAGACCCGCGUCGGCUGAGCGGUGUACGCGAGGCCGAGGCUUUGAGGCCUAGCAGCGGAGCAGGAGGAGGAGGGAGCGGGGAUCGCGCUCCGCGGCUGUUGCGGCUGUUUCCCCGACUCCGCCGCCGCCGGGCUGGUUCAGAGCAAAGGUGUGGGAUGCCGAACUCCGCCAUGAAGAAGAAGGUGCUGUUGAUGGGAAAAAGUGGGUCUGGAAAGACCAGCAUGAGAUCCAUUAUUUUUGCAAACUACAUUGCACGAGACACGCGGCGCCUCGGAGCUACAAUUGAUGUGGAGCAUUCACAUGUUCGAUUUCUGGGCAACUUGGUGUUAAACUUGUGGGACUGUGGAGGGCAGGACACCUUCAUGGAGAACUACUUCACCAGCCAGCGGGAUAACAUUUUCCGCAACGUGGAGGUCCUGAUCUAUGUCUUUGACGUGGAAAGUCGGGAGCUGGAGAAAGACAUGCAUUACUACCAGUCCUGCCUGGAAGCCAUUCUGCAGAACUCGUCGGAUGCCAAGAUCUUCUGCCUCGUGCACAAGAUGGACUUGGUCCAGGAGGACCAGCGUGAUCUGAUUUUCAAAGAACGGGAAGAGGAUUUGAAGCGUCUCUCCCGCCCGUUGGAGUGUGCCUGCUUUAGAACAUCAAUCUGGGAUGAAACUCUCUACAAGGCAUGGUCCAGUAUAGUCUACCAGCUGAUUCCCAACGUCCAGCAACUGGAGAUGAACCUCAGGAACUUUGCUCAGAUCAUCGAAGCCGACGAAGUUCUUCUGUUUGAAAGAGCCACUUUCCUGGUCAUUUCCCACUAUCAGUGUAAAGAACAGCGCGAUAUCCACAGAUUUGAGAAAAUCAGCAACAUUAUUAAACAAUUCAAGCUCAGCUGCAGUAAACUGGCCGCAUCUUUCCAGAGCAUGGAGGUCAGGAACUCCAAUUUCGCAGCCUUCAUCGAUAUCUUUACAUCAAACACUUAUGUGAUGGUUGUCAUGUCAGAUCCUUCCAUACCUUCUGCAGCGACGCUGAUCAACAUUAGAAAUGCCAGGAAGCAUUUUGAGAAGUUGGAGAGGGUGGACGGGCCAAAGCACAGCCUGUUGGUGCGCUGAGCCAUCUCCGAAGCGCACGGCUGCAGGAACUGCUCUUUUCCUAGGAGACUCUCCAACAUGGUGGGUGUCUGUUUUUGUGGGCUUUGAAAUGAGUGUGCUGCUUUCCACCGCAAUCUUGUUCUUUUCUCCUAACGUCGGAUGCUGCUCCGCCAGACGACGUUGGGAUACACUGUGGACCUUCUGGAACUGCUUCCUGGAGCAUUAGGGAAGGGUCUCUCGCAAUGGCGUGGGAUUUGCUCCUUGCCGGAUUGUUAAAGACAGCGCGGCCUUUCCUGAUGUCCUGCUCUGUUCCAAAUGAUGAUAAAACUACAAAGAUGGAAUAUUUACUAUUUUAUCACCAAGUUGCUAGAGUACAUUUAUAAAACUUCUUCUUGUCUUCAAUCAUGACAAUAAAUUUUGUUACCAGGGACUUGAGUUUCCAGAGCUCUGGAAGUA